GAACUCGAAAUAUUAGAAGGGAAGUUUGGACCUCGUACAAAUCAAAGAAAAAAAGUUGUUGCUCUUCUCAGAGCUCUCAAGGUCAGUACUUUCGCGCUUCAACUUCUACAUGGGAGAGCGUCCGGACGAAGAGCAUCCGCGACAUACCCCUGUGCUACGGGAGAGCGUCCGGACAUAGAGAGCAUCCGCGACAUCCAGUUAGAGAAAAAAGGAUCAGUAAGUCUUAGAAAAAGAAAAGUAGAUCACGAAAAUGAUGAUGACAGCGUAUGUGAAGUAGAGGAACUCCACGUCGAUGUUAACGAAUUUCCUGAUUUACUUGAGUACUGUCAAAAUAUCAAAGAAAUGCAAGAAAAUCAUAUUGAUGAGAUUUCUCAGUUGGGAAGACACCUUUCUAUACUUUUAAAGUGGUCGGUUGUAGAUAGCAAGCUUUUCAAGACACCUGUAACUUCACCGAUUAUUUCGAGACCUGCUCUUAAUCUUCAUAACCUCAAAGUCAUAUUUAAAGAAUAUCCUGACCUACAAGCUGAUAACAUUUUGGAUGCAUUAAUUGAAGAUAAAAAAAUCGGAAUAUUCCGAACAAACGGGUGGUUGGAAUGGCUUGGCCUAAAAAAACAAAAUCAUGUUGACUACUUUUAUUUGGUAGAUACUUAUACAACACUGUCAGCAAUCAUCUACCCAUCAGAAGCUCAUGUAAAGAUUCAGUUAUGGUCAAAAAUAUUAUCAGAUUCAUUCACUUUGAAUCAAGUUCGAUUCGAACCAACCUGGGAACUUAACCACCUUAUUCCUGGGAAUGCUAAGGAAGGUUCAUCAAGAUCUGAUUUUUCCGCAGUGAUUUUGAACUCGAGGCAAUGGCAAUUCCCUUUUUUUAUCGUUGAAUUUGAACAGCACGGUUUUGAGGUUCACAAGGAUUUCGCAGUUGUUGUUUGCGAGGUCGCAUUUGAGUUAAACAAAAUUUUAUCAAGAACACAAGGUCUUUUGCCUGCUGAAACAAUUAAAAUCAAGAUAUAUGUUGGACUCAUUAAUGACACGUCCAUUAAUAUAGGUGUGAUCAGACCAAUAUUUAAUAAUGAUAAGACAGCAAUACUUUUUGCAUAUGAUCGGGACAUUGUUUCUUAUAACAUUCAAACAGGUUGUCAACAUAAUAAUGUAAAAAAUGUUCUUGAUUUAAUAGUAUAUUUUCGGCAAAUUGUGUGCAGAGAUGGAUUAGUUAUCAAGGACUUCUUGGAAAAAUCGGAAAGUCAUCAUAAUCAAAGUAUUUCAAAGGUAAUGCCAGAACUCCCAAAGAUGGCAGAAAAAUCUCGGGAAGCACUUACUAAGAUAACACCUAAGAAAAAGCGGGUCAAGUAUACAUAUACCAAUGGAAUUGAAAAUCUGUUAGAAAUUAAUUGA